AUGACAAUUGAUAAUAAAGAACCAUCAAAAAGCCUUUUGGCCAGAUCAGGCUAUCUUAAUGAAGGCACCGCAAUGGAUCCAAAGAAACGUCAAGAGCUUGGCUUGAAUGGUCUUUUACCUGCAAAAAUAGAGACAUUGGACAUUCAAAAGAAGCGAUGUCUACACGUCCUUCGAUCAAAAUCAAAUAUGCUUGAAAAAUAUAUAUUAUUGGCUCAGUUAAGAACAAGUAAUGUUCGUCUCUUUUACAAGAUUGUCAUGGAUGAAUUGGAGGAACUUGCUCCCAUCAUCUACACUCCGACUGUAGGCACAGCAUGUCUUGAGUACUCUACCAUUUACCCAUUCUUGGCUGCACCUGGUGUGCCCGAUGGAUUAUAUCUCACCAAGGCAGAUUUCCCCACACUCAUCCAAACGAUAAAGAAUUACAAAUCCGAAUUUGAUCCUCAGAUUGCUGUCAUCUCAGAUGGUUCACGUAUUCUAGGUCUUGGUGACCUCGGCUCAAAUGGCAUUGGUAUCCCCAUUGGUAAACUACAGCUCUAUGUUGCUGGUGCUGGAAUUGACCCUCGACGUACAUUACCCAUCAUCCUUGACUUGGGAACAAACAAUGAAAAAUUGUUAAAUGAUGAGUUUUACAUUGGUCUUAAGCAAAAGAGACCUAAUGACGAAGAGUUUUAUGAAACAGUCGACAUUGUGAUACAAGCACUCUAUACAGUGUAUCCAAACUUGCUUCUUCAAUUUGAGGAUUGGUCAUCCGAGCACGCCUUUGGUUUACUCGAAAAGUAUAAGAAUAAAAUUCUAUGCUUUAAUGACGACAUUCAAGGCACAGGGGCAGUCAUUUUAUCAGGCAUCAUCAAUGCUAUCCGUAAAGUACAGGCUGAGGACUGUGUGUCACCAAACAGCCACCGUAUUGUGUUCUAUGGAGCAGGUUCUGCUGCCAUUGGUGUAGCUCGUCAGAUACAAGACUAUUUCCAAUUUGAGCAUGGACUAUCCGAAGAAGAAGCCAGAAACUUAUUUUGGAUUGUAGACUCCAAGGGUCUAGUCACAAAAAGUAGAGGAGACAAGCUUGCACAGCAUAAGGUGUAUUAUGCAAGAGAGGAUAACGAUGAGCAAGAAUACAAGCAAUUGAUAGACAUUGUUAAUUACGUGAAGCCAACAAUACUCAUCGGUCUUUCAUCCACGACGGGGGCAUUUAAUGAGCAAGUGCUGCAUCGAAUGGGUGAAUUGAAUCAACAACCGAUUAUUUUCCCAUUAUCUAACCCAGCCACACAAGCAGAGUGCACGUUUGAACAAGCCAUGGAAGCCACCGACUAUCGUGUUAUUUUUGCCUCUGGUACAGCCUUCCCUGCAUAUACAAUCCCUUCCACAGGAGAGAUCAGAUACCCUGGUCAAGGCAACAAUAUGUAUAUCUUUCCUGGAUUAGGUCUAGGUGCAAUUUUAUCUCGUCCUCGUCAUAUCACAGACCGCAUGAUAUAUGCUGCAGCCAAAGCAUUAGCCGAAUCGCUUACAGUAGAGGAACGUCAGCAAGGCUGGCUCUACCCUUCACUCAAGCGUAUCCGUGCUGUUUCUUGUAGUGUGGCAACUGCUGUAUGUCAAGAAGCUAUCAACGAAAACCUAGCAACAGUUUCCAUGACCAAUAUUGAAGACUAUGUUACAUCUCAUAUGUGGUCACCUACGAAUGACCCAUAUGGGACACUAUACUCGGAAAUUCAUGCAAGUUUAUAA